UUCUCUACAUCUUCCUCUUCACUUCUAAAUCACAAGCUGUCCUCUCCCACUUCAUACUCCUCGGAAAUUCCGCCCUCUCUCCUCGGCUCACUCCAAAAUUUCACUCAUUCACAUCACUCCUUACCCCUACCUGGUACUGUUGUAUCAUCCUCACCUACUUCCUUCCCUCAGAUCUUUCCUUCAAACCUACCGUUUUUCCUGCCUAUUCCCACCAUCCUUGCCACUACCACCUCUACCGGUCAGCCACAACCCCCGUCUGCUCCUUCCUACCAUCGGUUCGCCUUUGUGGGUACCGUGGCGGUGGCUUGAUAAAGUUUUUCCUCAUCUCUUCUAGCUGGAAGCCUUUGCUACACUUCACUUAUCCCCCCUCCACCCAUCUUGCUCUUUUGUCUACGCUCAUUUUAAAAUUUUCACCUCUCCCUGUUUCUUUGGCACCUCUACUUCUCCCUCCCGAGAUUUUUGGGUUCACUUACCAUCCAUCACUUCACUUUUAUCCACGCCCUCCUCAAUUCAGGACAGUAAAAGCUCACUAUUUUCAACAACAGCCGCAAAACUCCUCGCUCUAGACAUCACCGAGUCAUCACCAAGUCGAUACCAUGGCGAAAUCAAAGAACAGCAGACAGAAGGGCCGAAAGAAUACCACUCAAAAGGGUGAAUCCAGUGCCCAGGCUGCCAGACGCGCUACCCAACUGGAGCUUCCAGAGGGUUACCAGAAACUUAGCCCCAACAACGGUGGCUCCAGCAGCUCUGGCCAUCCCAGAGGCAAUGGGAAGCUCAGCAAUGAGUCUAAGAAAACCCAGGAUUCUGCCAGUUCUGCUGGAAAGCUGUCUCAUUCAUACCCCAAGCCGUGGGAGAUGUCAAAGCUUUAUGGUGCUCCCACUGACAAACCUGGAACUCUGAACUUCAACUACGAUCGUCCCUGGGUUUCUCUUGAGGGCAAGCAUGUGAAGUAUGAGCUCGCCACCGCUCUUGAGAAGGGUCGCCGUGAGAUGUUGCCUGCUGUGUUCCCUGACUACAUGCCGGAGCAGAAGCAGGAAGUUCGGAACCAGUACGAGAGAAGUGGCUUGUUGAAGUUGUUUGAGGCUCGUGACAGCUGCAACAAGAAUGCCCCGAAAGUUCCUGGGUUUUUGGGUGGCAUCAACCCUGACAUGAUCUCGAUUGAAGACACUACGCAAGUGGGCGCCAACGAUGCGAACCCAUUCAUUGGAUUCCUCACUCAGAUUGAUCUCGCCAGAGAGAUCGUCAAUCUCUUGCAUCCGAGUGUGCGCGAUAUCACGGCAUUGACCUUCACAUGCAAACAGGCCGGCCAAUACGUCGACCGAAUCAUGGAACGCUGGGACUAUACCACCGGGAAGAAUUUCGCUGAUGUUUAUCUCCCCAAAUUCGGCAACGAUGGAGGAGAAAUCAAGAGAGCUGGUGUACGGAGCGACAUUCUGGUCAUCACACCAACCUCCCCCAAACCCCCGAGUCGCACGCCAUAUCUCGAUGAUUUCGGAAGGACUCUUCAUAUUAUCAAGGUCAUGGUUAGCAUUCCGCAGAGUUUCCGACACGUUGUCCUUGACCGGCUACCUUUUUUGGACGUCAACAUGGUGGGUCUGGUUAUCAGCUCCAUGCCCAACCUUGAGAGCUUGGCCAUCUCGCGUUGCGACCUUCUCGACGUCGCCAAACUCCCUGCAUUGAUCAAGAUCAUCAAGGAGCAUCCGAGAACGCCCUACAACAAAGGCAAGGCCAAAGCCUUACGCACCAGUAACGCUGUAGAGAGCGAGAAUGUUGGAGAGAACGGCGGCCAGAACAGUAACGGUAACAGCAGUGCGGAUGACAGCCGCUCUACGGAGGACGAAGACCAGACGAGCAGCAACGACACAUCCCUGUUGACUGAGCCCGACACCAGCUUGAUCUCUACGGAUACAGCAGCAACCUCGGUGGGUGAUGAAGACCAGACGGGCAUCGACGUCACAGCAGCGACCAUGGAAGCUGAGGGUAACGCUCCAAUCCACUAUAUACGAUUGGAUUUCAGCCCUUUCUUCUUCCGCGGCCCCAACACUUGCGAACGACUUGGAUCUUUUGGUGUUACGUACAACGAGCCCACAUUCCACACCCCAAAGGCCGUGGUAGCUCUUAUGAUGCAGUGUUGGGACGACGCGGAUACUAUCGGGAUGGACUUGAUGAGCGAUAGCUCUUCUUUCUUCAGCUUCGUCCGUCGUCUUCCCGGCUGGAACUGCUUAUGGUCCUUGAAAGCGCGGGAUGCUAUGCUGUCGUUUAAGCGGGAGACCAGCGGUAUCGUGCUCCCAGAAGACUUCCAGCGCACAGUCGAGCGCACAGCUCGCUCCGAGAUCAUCGCAGAGAAUCACGGCAGUUCUAGGGUUGCCCAGUCAGCCUUCCUUGAUCAAGUCACAACCCGUGUCGUAAAGCUCCGAAAGGAGAAGCACGACGAAAUCAAGAAGGAAGCCCAGAACCGCUUUUGCGAUGAUCUGAUGGCAGCUACCAGCGGCAACGACUUCAGGCCGUCGGAUUACCCUCUCCCGAACAGUAUAGCGUUCUAUCUCGGUAACGCUGAAAACCACAACGCCUUCGGGUACUGGCGUCGGCAGUAUUUAUGUCAAGGCUGCAAAAAACUCCUGCCCCGCGUCCUGUUUGCAAUCGAACUCGAUGAUUGUUGGGGCUGCAAGAUGGUCGCCUUCGUCAGGGACAUGGAGAGCAGCGACCUUCGCCGCUGGAAGCAAAGCGCUAUUGGGUAUUACCUCAAGGGUCUGGACAUAAAGAAAGGGUCACUGACUGAUGUCAUUGACCCGGCCCGAGAUCGACACUUGACGGCAGCUCUCGGGGCGGCCAAGGUAGCCGAUUCUAUCUGGCUGAAAUUUAUGAACUUCUCCCCGACCGAUCCGGUGGUGUACCCCCUUGAGCCACCCAACCUACACAGGAACACCGCCGCUUACUCACGUUAUCGGUGGAAACAUAAUUGGCCAGAGCAGGCGUUUGAUUACCGGGAGGGUGGUCCUCAACAUGAGGAUCCCUUCAAGCACCCAAACUCCGACUGGGAAGACACCGAGCUCUGCGGCGGUGAGCCUCCCGAAAGCUUUAACGCCAAUUUCCGGUGGUCAGAGGAAGCCAGUACGACUCUCUUUGAGGAGUAUAUCCGUCGAAACGGACUCGCGAAGCAGAUCACCGAUCCCGAGGCCCAGAAGAGGAUCGCCGCUGCAAAGGAUUGGGAGAAGAUUCGGCGUCUCACCGGGCCAAAGGAUUAUUCAAAGAACGGAAUGUGGCACCUUGGACGGGACCUCAGGCGCUACUACCAGAAUCAGGGUGACAAGUCGAUUCAUGCCUUGAUUCACGGAAGGGUCGAGAAGUGCAUUUGGUCCUUCAACACGCCUAUGCUGCGUCCCUUUGACCUGGACCACCCGAUUCCAGACAAGCGGGUCGACUACGAAGCCUGGGAGGAGCUCAAGGAGCGUGAGAUUUGGGAGUUGGUUCCUGCUGGCCACUCUAGGCGGUGGCUGUGAGCAGUCUGAUUCCAGGUCGUCCACAAGGAAGGAAGGAGGAAGGGAGAUGUUCGAUAAGUGUGGCUCUGUCUUCAAAGGAUCAGAAAACAGCCAAAAAAAAAAAAGGUGAGAAGCAAAAAAUGAACCAAAACAAAGAGAAAUAUGGGGGCAAUUUCUUGGUCAACUUUUUCACCGUCCGAGGGCAUCAUCAGGGUCAUCUGGAAGGUUUUACAGCAUAUUUAGCAUUUUUCCUGGUGUGCAUAAGGGGGUUUAUAUCCGGACAGCAAAAGGGCAUGGACUCGAGAUUAAGAGUUUGGGGGGGGGGAGGGGAGCCAUCAGAUUUCAGCACGCAUUUGAGAUUUCGAGCGAGGAGUUAGCAGGUUUAUGGCGGUGGUUUGGGGCAUGGCGUUAACAGAUACAAGGAAAACGGCAUGAUUGAUGAUGGACGGCAGGGAAUUAUGAGGAUCAUGAGGAUAAUGAGGACUGGGGGGGAGCUGGAUCCCAGGGAGAUAGCCAAGAAAAAGCCUGGGUUGGUUUUUUUACCUUG